AGCUUACCAUCAGUGCAGACUUCUCACCAUUUUGCCCAUUUUCAGCAGCAACUUUUUCCUUUUGGCAGUUAAGUGAAACGAUGCCAUACUACUCGAGGGGUGGCGAAGAUGACGUUGACGAGUUCGACGAAUUCGAUCCGACGCCUUACGGUGGUGGAUACAAUCUCGAACUAACUUAUGGUCGUCCUUUGGAACCCUCCGAUGAGACUUGCUACCCUUCCGCUACACCCUCCGAUGGCGACUUUGAUUACGCACGUCCCGAUUUCUCUUCCGGUUACGCGCACUUAGCUUAUGCCGACGAAGCUCUCGAAACUGAAUACAGUAGCUAUCUUAAACCCAAGCCCCGACCUGGACGAUUCGAACCUGCACCUGCUUUUGGUGACUAUGGAAGGAAACCUGAAUAUGAGCAAUUCGAAUCUGGUCAUGGACGCAAACCGGAGUUCGGACGACCCGGCUCCGAAUUUGAAUCUGAUUUUGGCCGAAGACCUGAAUUCGAGCAGCCUCCUGAGGAGUUUGGAUCUGGGCAUGGCCGGAGGCCGGCAUAUGAGCAUUCACAUCAACCGGAUUUCGGAUCCGGCCGUAGAUCAGAAUUUGAGCAGCCUCCGCCGCCUGAGUUUGGAACUGGGUAUCGACGGAGACCCGAAUUUGAGCAGCCUCCGCCUCCUGAAUUUGAAUCUGGGCAUGGCCGGAGACCCGAAUAUGGCGAACAAGAGUCCGAGUUCGGAUCUGAGUAUGGCAGGAAACCAGAGCACGGAGAAUAUGGAUCCGAAUAUGGGAGGAGACCCAACUAUGGGGAACCCGAAUCUGAAUACGGAUCUGGGUUUGGCCGAAAGGCAGAGUAUGAAGGAGGCGGAUCCGAAUAUGGAACCGGAUACGGACGGAGGACUGAGGGCGAGUAUGGAUCGGGUUAUGGAGGUAGGACAGAGACUGAAUACGGGUCCGGGUAUGAGAGGAAACCAAGUUAUGGUAGAUCCGAGGAAGAGGAAGAAGGAUAUAGGAAGCCAAGUUAUGGUAGAUCCGAGGAAGAGGAAGAAGGGUAUAGGAAGCCAAGUUAUGGUAGAUCCGAGGAAGAGGCAGAAGGAUAUAGGAAGCCAAGUUAUGGUAGAUCCGAGGAAGAAGGAUAUGGCCGCAAGAAACAUGGCGAUGACGACAGUGAUGAUGAUGAUGAAGAGAAGCGUCACCACCACCGCUAUAAGGCCCACCACCAUAAGCGCCAUGAUGACUAUGACGACUAGUCAGACUGGCCGUUCCCUCUACAAAUGGAAAUCUGCAGUAAUAGCUAUUAAAUAAAUGAUCGAGGCAUGCCACCUUUGAUCGUUUCUUCUACCAUUUCCGUGUGUUUUUUGUGUGUGUGUCAGUGUUUGAUCGUCAAUAAAAUGCCCGAACAUUAGGGUUAGCGCAAUUGUGCUUGUUGAUUAUCAAUCUGAUGAUGAUAAUAUAAUGCCAUGAUCUACUUGCAUAUUAACUACAAUAAAAUGCUUACGCAUUUGAUGUUCUUGCUUAUAA